GCUGUGUAAUGCUAGGUGCAUUGUGUAUACUGUAACCAGCUGAAAAUCUGCCGUUGGUGAAGGACAUUUUUGUUUUUGUUGACUAACUUUUAAGUCGGAAAUUAUGACAUAAAUUAUAUCUCUAACAACAAAAAAGUAUUUGUUCUAGAGAAUGGCAGGACCAUCAUCAGAGAUUGGGCUGUAUAUAGAGCCAGAACCUGUGAUCUUACAACCAAAAUGUGCCAAUAGUAGUGGUAAUAACAGAAAUCCAAAUGUGUAUAUAAACACCAGUAGUGAUGAUGAAGAAGAUGUGGCAUCAGGGAGCAGUAGUUACGAGAAAUCUGUAAAUGGACAUUUACUGGGCAAUGGGUCAAAGGUAAAUAGCAGGUCUUUAAAUACAUCAAUCAUUGAGGAAGAUGAGGAUGAAGAUGAUGACUCAGAAAUUCAUUCUCGUGUUGGUGAUUUUUUUACCGCACCCUGCAGAGCAGCUGAACAAGCAGAAGAAUUUGUAAAGAAAGUAUGGGAGGCCGGAUGGCGAGUAGUCCAUCAUAACUCGCUGCCGAACUGGUUACGAGAUAACGAUUUCUUACAUAAAGGUCACAGAUUACCAACAAAUUCAUUUGUGGCUUGCUUCAAGUCUGUUUUUCGUAUACACACUGAAACAGGAAAUAUAUGGACACACUUAUUAGGUAUGAUCGCUUUUGUUGGGAUCACGGCCUAUUUUUUGUCUCGACCAACACUAGAAAUCCAGUGGCAAGAAAAAGCUGUGUUUUCUGCGUUCUUCAUGGGCGCCAUCAUGUGCUUAGGAUUUUCUUGGGUCUUUCAUACAGUGUUUAAUCAUUCACAGAGAAUAGGCAAACUCUUCAAUAAGUUGGAUUAUUGUGGGAUAGCGUUCCUUACCAUGGGAUCAUUUGUUCCCUGGUUAUACUACGGCUUCUACUGUCAAAUGGGAGUGAAGAUCAUUUAUAUGGUACUGACAUUUUCACUCGGCACAGCUUGUAUUGUGGUGUCCUUAUGGGACAAAUUUAGUGAGCCAAGAUUUCGGGCUCUCAGAGCAGGAGUGUUUAUAGCGUUUGGUCUAAGUGGAGUGAUACCAGCUAUACAUAUUGUAAGUACUGUGGGAUUCUGGGAUGCAGUAAAUAAGGCAUCACUUGGCUGGCUUUGCCUGAUGGCCGUCCUUUAUAUUACGGGUGCAGUUAUCUAUGCAGUGAGAAUUCCAGAAAGAUUCUUCCCAGGAAAAUUUGAUAUCUGGUUCCAAAGUCACCAGAUAUUUCACGUGUUUGUUCUUGCAGCCGCUUUUGUGCACUACCACGGUAUUACAGAAAUAGCAAAUUACAGACUGACUUUCGGAGAUUGUCUCUCCACAAAAUUCUUCUAGGAUUGAAAUCUUCAAAGAAAAAAAAAACCUGUAGAAAAUCAAAGAGAUGAUACUGUACCUUCGAUAUUAUACAUAAAGACUUCUUAAUUUUUAUACAUGAUUUGUAGAACAAGAAGAAAACUAAAAUAUGCCAAUGGUAGUCCAUAGAUAUAAUAUAUAUUUGAGAAACCUUUAAAAUGUUAAAGAAAGGCUGCUGGUGAAUUUACAAAGAAGUAUUGUUUCUUGUCUAUGCAGAAAGGGGUUCUAGAAAUUGUUUACAUUAAUUUUCUUUAUGUUUCUUGCUAUGUAAUGUAAGCCAGAAAAACAAAUUUUGAUAUGAUUCAGAUAGGUUAAAAAUGAGGAAAUCUGGCUUAAGUCUUACAACUGAGCUUUCUUUUUCUGUAUGAAUAAUGUAGAAUGUUACAUUUCAGAUUGAAAUAGUAAAUUAUUACAGUGGAACUUCUGAAUACCGGACCUAUCAAAAACCGGAAAAUUCCGAAAAUCCGACAGUUUCCUUGGUACCGAUUUUCCUCCUAUUUUCUAUAUAGACCAUACUUCUGAAUACCAGAACUUCCAAAUUCUGAACACUGGAAGAUAUUUUUGAAAAAUUUUACUUAUUUCAGUAAAAUUUUACUUUCAAAAAUUGCAUACAUAAACAAGUAGAUAUUUGUUCGACUGCAGAUCUUCCAAAAACUGUCUUUUAUUCUGGUCUUUGAGGUGUGUGUGGUUUUCGGAAGUUACACUGAUAAUGCUGAAAUCUGAUUUACUUACAAUAUUAUUUUAUGCCAUUUCAUAUGUCACUUCUCUGCACCAUGUGCAAGACUUCUUCAUUGGAAGCUUGUAAAAAUAUUAAAAGUCAUCCUUUUAUCUAGAUCUGUUGUCAUUAAUCACAUUUAUAUAUAUGUAUCUGAAUUUUAAAAUGUACUAUUUGACUUUUGCCUUUAUUUGAGUAAAUGUUACAGCAAAAACGAGAAAGUCCCCUUAUUGCAUAUAAAGUCAUUAUGACAUGUAUAAAUUAUUUAAAGAAUUUGUCAGUAAAACAAUGUUCUGCAGAUUGGUCCUUUCAAAAGGAUUCAUACACAAAUGUAAAUAUCAUCCAUCUAUGGGUGUAUUUAUGCAGAAAUAUGAAAUGUAGGUGUAACUUAUACACCUCAAUUGAAAACACAAUUCUUUUGAUUUAAUUGGAACAUGACACUAUAAAUAGAAACAGAGCUUCUUCCACCAAUCGUAAGAGGUUUUCAGUCAGGGGACGGGUUAAGAUAUGGCCAGCGUAAUGUUGCCGUUGGCUCACAGUUUUAUGUCCAAAGUCACUUCUCAAACAUCAGAGUGUCAUUGGUAAGUUGUCUGUACCCUAUGGGGAACAUGUGUAUACUGGUCAGAAAUUUAGGAUUAUAGGCUACUGUACCAGUGUCAAAUAACUGGGAAAAAAACAACAUUUUUUUUGUUUUAGAGAAAAAUAGCUUUUUUUCAGCAGUUGUUCCUCCUUUAUGUAUUACAAUUUAAAUUUUUUAGUUAAUUAAAUAAAUCAAAGGCAAGAUUGUGAUUCCUAUCAAUUAUUGUGACCUAUAAUAGGUGAGUUUGUAGACUUUGAAAAAGAAAUGAAUUGUGGAAUAUGGAUCAAACUUAAAUUUUAAUAUUCUUUGUUUUUCAAAGUUUCCAGUUUCACAGACAUGUUGUUACUUGUAGAGAUGAACAAUAUGUUGGUAGGUUGUAGGUUUGUUUUAAUUGUGAUUGUUGACUGUACCAAAGUCAACCUUUUGAUGUCAAAAUUUUAAAAAUUAAAAGUAUACCUGAUACUGACAGAAAAACUCAAAGUCUUGUAUUGCUGUAUGUAAAAAAAAGUAGAACAAUAGAAA